AUGUCGACCGCCGUUUGGGAUCCCGAUGCUAUUCUCCAAAUCACCGACCCCUCAGGCCGAGGCAUGUUAUGCGUCGGUCUGGCGCGUCCCCACUCCCCCAGUGGACUUCGCGGUCGAUGUCGGUGUGAUCUCCCGCCUGCUAGGUAUAGGGACAUUCUCUCCAUCCUAGAUACUUUGUCCAGGACACCACCGCAGUAUGUGACCAACAGGGAACUUCGGUCCAUUGCUCGACUGGGAUUGUGCAAGUGGCAUACUCACCAGGUAGAUGAGGUUGUGGCUAACUGGGAGGAUAUCCUUGGAUGUGUCGAGAGUAUCAGCGGGACGCACGAAGGGCAACGGGAAGAGAUCAUUCAAGACUUGAAAGAACUGCAGAAAGAAAUUGAUGAGUGUAGAAGGUUGCUUCUAGUCAAGGAGGAUUGUGAAGACGCUCUUUCUGUGCUGCUUCGUCGGCAUCUCAACCGAAAUGCACGAUUGAAGAAGGAAUUAGUGGAGAGUCAAGCGACUUGUGCUCGGCUGCAAAAGGAAUUAGCGAGGGUUAAGGACCAAGACCAGAAGAACUGUCGACUCUCUGCCGAGAACUCUCGUCUAUCAACUUUACUCAAGAGAGCUGAGGAAGAACAAGAACGCUACAAGAACCAGGCAACCAACCUAACCGCGGAAUGCGAGAAACUGCGCAUGCAGAAUGCAGAAUUACAGGCAGAUGUCAACUCCCGGAAGGAUAAGUAUAAAGAUUUGCAGGACAAGGAACAGUCAGCAACUAGGGAGCUGAUCGCCGCGAGUACUGAACUGCAAGAAGCCCAGUCCGUCAAUCAGGGCUUGGAAAAUGAUAAGAAGGCCUUGCAGUCCGAGAUUAACGUUCUCAAACACGAGGUGAACAAAUUGAAUGAUAACAAUACCUCCAUCUCCUCCCAGCUUGCAAGAACUGCAGCUUCUUUGCAGACAGUCACAAAGGAGCUGUCGGCUGCCUGUCAGGCGAACUUGGAGUUACGCACUAGGAUCGGCCAGCUAUCGACUCCAGUCUGGUACAGGUUGAUACAAUGGAUUAAGCAAAAGCUCUCGGGUCUCUCAAAUUUGCGGAACCCCGGAAAAGAAGUAUCUGAUGAAGAGGAGGGGAUGGCGCUGGCUCCAACGGGUUCAGGCAGGGAGGUAGGACUGGCUUGA